CAGCCACGGCCGGCCUGGCGCUGCGGAGCGCGCGCGGGCAGCGGGGGUGGCAGCGGCGCCAGCACCGCUUGCUCCCCGCCCCCAAGGUUGGGCCGCUGGGACGCGGUUAGCGGACAGACAGCGGCCCGGGACAGCAGAAGGACGCGCGCUCCGAGGCUCAGGGGUCUGGGCCGCUUGCCGAAGAGUCACCAGUAGGCCCAGGGCCCCAGUCAGUGCCCAGCCCUGCUGGGAGCCCCGGCCAUCACCACGGACGGCACCCAGGAAGCCCGAGUUCCCCUGGACGGGGCCUUCUGGAUUCCCAGGCCGCCAGCAGGUUCACCCAAGGGCUGCUUCGCCUGUGUGUCCAAGCCUCCUGCCCUGCAGGCUGCAGCGGCCCCAGCUCCCGAGCCCUCAGCCUCGCCCCCCAUGGCACCCACUCUGUUUCCCAUGGAAUCUAAAAGCAGCAAGACCGACAGCGUUCGGGCAUCGGGAGUCCCCCAGGCCUGCAAGCAUUUAGCUGAGAAGAAGACCAUGACCAACCCCACCACAGUCAUCGAGGUCUACCCGGACACCACAGAGGUGAACGACUACUAUCUGUGGUCCAUCUUCAACUUCGUUUACCUCAACUUCUGCUGCCUGGGCUUCAUUGCUCUGGCCUACUCCCUCAAAGUUAGGGACAAGAAGCUCCUGAAUGACCUGAAUGGGGCCGUGGAGGAUGCCAAGACAGCACGGCUGUUUAACAUCACCAGUUCUGCACUGGCAGCCUCCUGCAUCAUCCUCAUCUUCAUUUUCCUGCGGUACCCGCUCACUGACUACUGAGCCCAGCAGGAAGCAGUCUUGGAGACAUAGCACUGAGACUGAUGGCCACUGGGAUUCAGGAUGCUGAGUGAGAAUGUGGGGGCAGAAUGGGCUUCCACCAAGGCCCAGAGCCAUGCAUGGCAGCAAGGCCACCAGAAGCUGAGUGCCCGACGGCGUGGAGCACUCUUCCCAGCCACCCUACCUGCCGCCUGCCCCUGUCCUGAUGGCACCGGGUCUCUGGGCUUCCUCCCACAAUGCUCCUGGUUGCCAGUGGCUGCCCUCCCUGACCCAUGCACCCUGCCAAGGCUCCUGGACCCCUCAGACCUGACACCCAGCAAGAAGGGCUUACAUGGGAGCUCCCGGGAUGGGGGCUACCAGCACCUGGGGUUCCCUUACUCAUGAUCCCCAACUUCCUCCAAGCUGUGACCCCCUGCUCCAAGCUCUUGUAUCCAUGAACUUUCAUUAAAACAUGUGCCCAGCUCA